AAAAAAUCCAAUACUUCUUACUAUUCCCGAAAAAUUACCGGGAGCUUCUCGCCGAAGGUCGACCUCAAUCAUGUCACACAUCAUCAAGUUUUCUUUCUCUAGUCUACUUCCCGCCUUGCUUUUUCUCUCGUUUACUAUCGCCGCCCAACGGACAACCCCUCACUUUGUACCAUGCCCAUCGAGCUCCGGGAGUCUGUUGCGCUCCAGCAUCUCUAGCCGGGACUCCAAGCAAACAUUAUGUGCGCAAGAAGCCCAAUACAUCUCCUCGCGUCGCGCCAGAGUGGCCCGACCAGCGUACGCCCAAUAUCUAGACAACGUCAAACGCUCCCUUCAAAAAUAUCAGCCUACGGCAGUCCUUCCAACUUACCUGAAUCAAAUCAUGGCCGGCAGAAAUCCUGCUCUACUUCCACGCACCGGAUUCGCCGUCUCCGGGGGUGGGCUCCGUGCAACACAAUACUCCUUGGGCGUGCUCAGCGCAUUUGAAGGCCAGAACCAGAAAUCGGCUCAAGUGGGAACUGGUGGCCUGUUGAACGCUGCAGACUACAUCGCCGGCUUGAGCGGUGGAUCAUGGACCGUGGUCGGGCUGACUUAUGGAGCCUACGACUUGUCCAUGGUUAACAAUCCCAAAUUCCUCACUCAUCUCCUGCCACACUAUGACUUUUUUUCGCCAGGCAAUUCCUCAAAAGUCUCCGGCUUCACAUCCGAUGAUCUGAACAAAAAGUAUCUCACCGAAGGGUUUACUAAGAUGGCAGCCAAACGGCAAGCCGGAUUCAGAGUCACCAUGGCCGACAUGUGGGGCCUGUUCCUCCGCUUUCAUACCCUCGGCCAAACCACCGCGACGAAUUUUUACGACUUCUCUUUGCCCCAUGGGGCUGAUGAAUCAUUCUCUGGCGUCAGAAACUUGCCAAAUUUUCAAAAAUUAUUGCAGCCCUAUCCCAUCAUCACUGCCCUAGGCUCAUCUUCUUCGCCUGACCAGUAUGUCUCAAGCAAGCAGCCCUCUGCAUUCCUGCCGAUCACCAGCAACCAGUACGAGUUCACGCCCUACGAAACGGGCAGCUGGGACUCCAACCUGGCCAGCUUCAUUCCCACCGAAUACUUCGGCACUCGGCUCAAGGCCGGGAGCCCGCUGGACCGCACCAAAUGCGUCAACAAGUUUGACCAGACUCAUUAUCUCUCCGGGAUCUCCAGCGACAUCUUCCCAACCCUCAAUACCACCGAGGAAUACUUCUUCACCAAGAGCGACAUCAAGUCUUUGGUUCAGGCUAUCAAUAGCACCUUCGGCAAAGACCAGCCCGGUAUCUCCAUCGACACCGCCUCAGUCCCUAACCCGUUCUUCCAGUCCGGCAAACCAACUUAUCCCGACAAGAAUACUAUCGAUUUGAGAUUGUUGGAUGGUGGCCUCGAUGGUGCCGUCACGCCGUAUUAUCCUUUGUUAACGCCAGCCCGCCAACUAGACGUGAUCAUUGGGAUCGAUGCAAUCAGCUUAGACAAUGAUGGCGGGGACAAUUAUGCGACGGGAGCCUCCCUGAAAGCGACGUUUGCCCGCGACUCGAUCCAGCUCAAGCGUCGCUUCCCCAAGGUGCCUGAAGAUCCAAAGACGUACUUUGCACUCAGAAGUCAUCCGAACUUCUUCGGCUGCGAGGAGCCAGACACCGCUCUGGUGGUCUGGCUCCCCAACUCAGCCCCGAUCGAUGGCUCCCCGGGGAUCACGAAUUCUUCCAUCAAUCGAGUCCACUACGAACCUGCAGAGUCGCUCAAAAUCAUUUCUGCGGCUUCCGAAAUCGGCUAUCGUGGAUACCCGACCCCACAGCUGAUCAAGACGAAACAAUACCGAGAUCCGCUAUGGCCAGUCUGUCUCGCAUGUGCCGUCGCUGACCGUUCAAGGUCACGGAUGCGGGUCCAAAGGGACGGCGUUUGCGCGGAGUGCUUCGAUCGGUACUGUUGGAAAGCUCAAUAGAGUCCCUCUCAGACUCCAUUCCUAGAUCCAUCAAUGAAAAGGAAUCAUAAAUUUGUGGAUAUUCGGUUGUUAUUUGUACUUUUGAUGUGUAUCAACUUUAAUCUUGCAAUCCCCCCAAGUUUUUUUUUUUUUCUUCCCGAGGAGGAGGAGCUGCCAAACUGUGUACGCCGUCGGCAAUGAAAGACGCCUUUUUAUGUUUAAAGGACUAUAUAAACC